CAGGAUGCGCGCAGCCAGGCGCGCGGGGCUCUGAGACAGCCCUCGGACCCGCGGGCGCCCCUUCUUCAGGGCUUCUCUGCUGGCAGCGACACGGAUGUGACCCCCCUCCUUGUGGAAUGAUGGGGAUCUUUUUGGUGUCUGUUGGAUUUGUUUUCUUUUCCGUUUUCUAUGUACAGCAAGGGCUUUCUUCUCAAGCAAAAUUUACGGAGUUUCCGCGGAAUGUGACGGCGACCGAGGGACAGAAUGUGGAGAUGUCCUGCGCUUUCCAGAGCGGUUCCGCCUCGGUGUACCUGGAGAUCCAGUGGUGGUUCCUACGGGGACCCGAGGACCUGGAGCCCGGAGCCGAGGCAGCUGGCGCGCAGGUGGAGUUCUUACCCGACAGAGACCCGGACAACGACGGGACCAAGAUCAGUACAGUGAAAGUCCAAGGCAAUGACAUCUCCCACAAGCUUCAGAUUUCCAAAGUGAGGAAAAAGGAUGAAGGUUUAUAUGAGUGCAGGGUGACUGAUGCCAAUUAUGGGGAGUUGCAAGAACACAAGGCCCAGGCCUAUCUGAAAGUCAAUGCCAACAGCCAUGCUCGGAGGAUGCAGGCUUUCGAAGCCUCACCCAUGUGGCUGCAAGAUAUGAAGCCUCGCAAGAACAUCUCAGCAGCUGUCCCCAGCAGCAUCCACAGCUCUGCCAACCAACGAACGCACUCCACCUCCAGCCCGCAAGUGGUAGCCAAAAUCCCCAAACAAAGUCCACAAUCAGCAAAGAGCAAAUCGCCUGUAAAAUCUACGGAGCGGACAGCAAAGUUGACCCUAAACUCCAAGCACCAUUCUGCACCCCCUGUACUCUAG